CACAAGAUUUUGCCAUUCUGGAAGAAUUAAGAAUCGUGGUGUAUAUCAUAUAGAAAUACGUAAUCAGAAAUUGUUAUAUAGUAAUUCUACUUUAGACACAUUAUUACUUGGAAAAGAUGUAGAAGAAAGAAUUUCGUGA